AUUGAUUUUUUUUAAAUGCUAUCCAAGUUGGUGUAUUCCAAGAAAUCUUUCAUACAAGAUCUUUACUACUAAAUUAUUUUGCAAGUAUAAAAUAGUAUAGUUUCUUUUUUAAAAUAAUUUUUGUUGUUUUUAAAAGUAUCCCAUAAAAAUUCUUCUCUAUUAUAUAGGUUCAGUUUAAUUUAAUUUCCAUAUAAAUUUCAAAUUUUGAAAAUCUAUAUAUAUAAAACAACGUUUCCUCCUUCCUAAGCCCUCCACGUCCUCAGCCACAUUAGAAAGUCGAGGUAGGAGGAGCCGCCACGUCUCCCCUUCACCAAAACGCAGUGGUUCGUUAAACAUCUGACAUUGUGGACUUCGUUUGAAUAUAUCGUGUAAUUGGGGCUGUUUAAUUGGAAAGAGACCAAGCCCGGCCUGAAGGAGAUCCCUCUAACCCUAAUACGCUGCAUCGAAGAAGAAACGGAGUUCGUCCUUCUCUAUGUGCGGCGGCGAGGCGGUGACGUUUGCGAUUCUUCUCGCGAUGUGAAAUGGUCGGAUUAAUGGCUCCCUAUUUAAUCCUAUUGAUUCACAUCUCCACGAUGUUUCUUCAAAGCGUUGGUUAGAUCUGAGCAGCGGUGUGAUUUUGGUAUAAAUAUAUGUGAGAUCCCUCACCAUUCCAUACUUCUCUUAUAAGUGAGAUUCAGCAUUCAAUAGUUCUCUUCUCCCUUCCAGAUGGUGAAACUUCACCUAAAAAGUUUGCACGUUUUUCAUCCUCAACGUCCAUCCACCUUGGAGAAGAAACUGCCCAGGUUUUUAGAAGCCAUGGGAGUAGAUAUGCUCCUCCUGGAUGCUAAGGAAAGAUCACUGAUCUGCAAAGGAUUUACGGGAUAACGUCUCCUGAGCAGCUCAGCCAGACUGCAGACUCUUACACCAACCAUAUGGAGUUUUGAGUUGUUUGGAUACAACACCAUGCGUCACUUGCUGCUUGGAGCUUUCCUUCAUCAUUUGUGAGUCUAUCAAAUAUGGACACUGUCAUUAAAGAGGCUAGCGCAAAGGAAACAACUGACGUCAAUCAGCUAAACAUGAUAGAAAAUGAAGUCGGAAUUAACACUAACGGGCCUGUAAGGCUGACGGAGGAGUAUUUAUAGGGAAUAUUUGAAUCGCGAACUCUAUUGCAGAAGAAGUAUCGGAUCAACUGAGAGGUUUACAUGGUCAAGCUACCACGGCGAUGCUGCAGCUUCCUGAACCUGUCGCGGACACUCUACCAAAUUGUCCAAGAGUCCACUUGGUGAAUCUGAAUCGAUGUUCUUCAUGAUAUCUUAAUGUAAAUAUCCUUUGAAUCUUUUGGCAAUUUACUGCGAAUGUAAGUUAAAUCCUCCUGUGCUGUAUGGGCAUCGUCUUUAGCCAAUGCAAACUUUGACAAUAAAAUAGACUUUUAAUGUUAUUCUAUCAGGGCUUUCGUAUCUUUUGUGCUUUCGGACAUAAAGUUAAUAAAAUUAUUUAAACCAAUGUUUUACUUUUACAGUCAUGAGUUUUUAUUUUCACAGUCACAUAAACCGAUGGAAGAGAAGUUUAACUACUACGAAAAAAUUGCCAUCAUCUAAACGAAUCAAAGAUCUCAAGAAAGGAAAGUGACAAUCACCAGAGUGAUUAAAAGUUCUGCAAAAAUAAAAUAUAGUACCAUAAUUCACUCACGGAUGCAUUCAACUAAUGAUUACAACCGUUCACCCUAACGAGAGAUUCGAUGACAAAAUGUAUGCCGGUGGAGUCUUUUCAAUGAUGCCCGUAGAAAUGGUAAUCAUUCAGUGGAUGGUACAAGAUUCCCCACCCCUCCUCUAACGUAUCAACAACGAUGGGUAUAAAUGAUCAUUAAGUUUGUGCGUUAAGAGAAUAUGCAUCUUGCAUGGGUGAAGAGUGUGGGACGACAAACACCAUAGCUCUCUGAAAAGUACAGAACAACCCUGAACACAGAAACGCAGACAAGAGCAGCACAAAAAAAUAUAGGAAAAGCCACUCCCACUGAAAGGUACUUGAGAUUUUUGCAAAUCAAUUUGAAAAACAUAAACUAACAAGAUAUAGAAAUAUAAAAACUAAUUUUAGGGUAAAUACACAAUAUAAUUUGAGAUUAGUGAAAAUUUUAGUCAACAUAUCAUAUUAGGUAAAACUUACAUAAAUAUAAUUGAAAAAUACAUUAGGAAAAAAGAGAAAUCAAUGAUAUCUAAAAGAGGAAAACUCAUCUACAGUAUUGGUUUUUUCAUAUUUCAUCAAACCUAAGCCAAGGUGGAAAAAGAGAAUCUAAAUUUGGUUUAACUAAGCUCAGAAUUAGAAACAAUGACAAAAAAUAAAUGAUGAAAACCACAAUAAAAAUUAAUCAAUUAUCAGAACAGUAAUUUUACAAACACAUCAGUUAAAAAAAUAAAAUAACAAAAUAUCAUAAAUAAAAUAAGAAAAAAUUAGUGAAUAUACGUCAUAUAACUUGAGUUUUGUGAAAAUUUAGUCAACAAAUAAUAAUUAAAUAAAUAAAACAUAUAAUCCAAGUAUAUAAAAACAUUAAAAAUAUAUAUUCAAAAAUUAUAAGAACAAAUAGAAAGAAAAUCCAUUUACGUUUCAUCAAACUCCGACCAAAACAAAUAUCCCAGAUAUUUUAUUUUUGUGGUUACCAAGCUCAACUUUAGAGAAAGUAGCAUAAAAUGAUGUAAUAGCAUAAUCAAUAACUAAUACAUAAGCAGAAUAAAUUGAAGUUAUGUUUAUAAACCUAAAAAAAUUCAAGGAUGUACUUAAAAAAAAAAAAUCAAGGAUGUUUUCUUCGGUUCAGAUUUGAACGAGAAGAUGAUUUAAGGAGAGUUCUAGACAAUAGACCUUACCACUUCGCUUACUGGAUGGUCAUUCUCCAAAGGUGGGAACCUGUCAUUUCUGCUACAUUCCCAUCAAUGAUUCCGUUCUGGAUAAAAAUCAAAGGACUACCUCUACAUUACUGGCACGAUGAUAUGGUAGUCAGGGUGGGCCAAGAGUUGGGAACACUCGAAAACCAUGAGCUAACCAGGACGUCGGCAAGAGUGCGAGUUUUAGUGGAUGGUCUGAAACCACUAAUUAAAGAAUCGAUUGUCGAAUUCGACUCAGGAGAAGAAAGCCCAAUCUACUUGGAGUAUGAGAAACUAGAGGCGCAUUGCUCAUACUGCUACUCGCUACUCCACCUGCGAAAACAGUGCCCCAAGAAAAAGAAGGAGGAAGACUACAAUGAGAAGCUCACGGAAACAAGAGUCGAGGAAAAAACCUCCAACCGAGGAGGAGAAUACCCUCACACCUCUAACAGUACUAAGCCUACUCCAGAGAACCGAUACUAUCAAACCUCAGCCACCCAAAGAAAUUUCUCAGGAAACUAUCAAAGGGAGAAGAGUACAGACCUUCCCAAGCAACCUCCCAACACUUUCCAUGAAAGGGUAGACAGACAUGGCAGGAGCUUUGGAGAAAGAGUAAGCACGAAGCAAACCCGUAAUCCUCCUCCAGAGAAAACCACUGUUGGUAUGGAAACUUCCAACCAAACAUGGAAGAGCAAACCUGUGCAAGAGAGAACUCAGAGCUAUGCCUCCCCACCAUACUCAAGAAACAGAGAGAACUCUAGCACACAGGGUAACAGAGGAAAAGACCUUUUCCCCCAGAGAAGCUUGGGACAAUGGCGACCGAGACUAGUUUCAGUUCCUGACACAACCACAGGAAACGUCAGAUCCUCUAGUGACGACACACCAAAGGAAACAACUCUACCUGCGCAUCAAGAAGCUCCACCAAAUGUUUUAAUAAACGAUCAGGCGCUAGCUAGGGGAGCUAUAAUGGAAGAGUUACAAGAGGUUACUAGACAGUACCUGAGCUGCCCGGACCCAGUAGAAGCAGCAGCUAGGAGACAAAGAGUUCUAUAUGGGGACGCCAAUGGAAUGAUGGAAGAAACAGUUGAGAGACUCUUGGCAUCUGGGCAAGGAAUCCCGACCGAACAGAGGAGACAAAGAGCAGCGGACAGCAACCCAGUCACACCUCCUCCGCUACAUGAGAACCCGUUUCAAGCACCUCUCUUCCCAGACCCCUCUACUCCCUAUACUCCGCCCACUAGAGAAGAGGAGGACUGGGGACAAGAUCCGCGUUACAGUGAUGUCCUCCAGGUUGCGACAUAAGAGACAACUGAAUUAGAAGGGAACCAACAAACAAGAAUAAGGUCAAUCAUUAUAAGCCCAGCAGCGGGAAGUACUGAAGCACAAACAGAGCAAACAAAGCAAAAAGAAUCAGACGGAGAGGAGACACUAAAAGAGUUCCAGAACAAGGUGCGACGAAAGACAACUAGGACGGCAAAAAGGAAGCAAAUAAGAGAGAGUCCUAAUAUUCUCAGAGGAGCUAGCUCAAAGAAGAGGAAGUUGUCACAAGUCCAGAACUCACCUAAAGGGGUGACAGCAGAAAAGAGGAAAUCUAAAGGAGGCGCAAGGACAGAGAGAGCUACAGAUAAGACAGGACCAGCUGAUGCCUCUAGGAACCCACCAAUCCAAUUAAUCCCGGCUAUGGCAAGGAAGAAACCGGAUUUUCGGUCUCUUCCACACCAGGCUCCUUAGCCAUUCUGAGCUGGAACUGUUGUGGGUUGGGGAACCCCAUUACAGUCCAGCGCCUAAAGGAGAUCGACCGCAGGAACUCUCCUGACAUCGUCUUUCUCAUGGAGA